AUGUCGUUUCUCAAGAGACUGUUUGGAAGAAAAAACGGAGGGUUGCGCAGCCCAGCGGAGGCCAGCACGCGUGAUUUAGACUCGGAAUACGUGCUGGUUUCAGGGCCCGAGAGCGGAGGAGCGGAAGCCAGCCGCGUGCCGCACAGUUUGAUUCUGGAGACGCGGUCGGCCAUCGCGGAGGACCCUGCGGAGGUGGACGUGUCUGCGUGGGAAAUGGCGCGCAACUGGAACGCGAAACGCGAGCAGAAGACGCCUGUGACGCGGGCGCCGCGCGUGGUGGGAUCCAAGUCGCAGCGCCUGGCGCACCGGAUCGAGACCAUCCGGGUCGGAGGCGGAAAACGCGGUGGCAGCGUGGCCGCGCAGCGCCACGCUGCAUGCGCUGUGGUGGAAUACCGCGACACCUCCAUGGACGAGGACCUGGAGUGCUUGUACGACGACAAGUGGAACCGCAAGACCAAGGUCGAGUCGCGCAGAGACCGGUGCCAGAAGUUUGGCGCGUGA